AUGAAGCUCCUAUCGCUGACUUUGGUGGCUCUGCUGCUCUUGUCCCAGCUCACUCCAGGUGACGCCUUGAGGUGCUGGAACCUUCAUGGCAAAUGCCGCCAGAGAUGCUCCAGGAAGGAGAAGGUCUAUGUUUACUGCACAAACGGCAAAAUGUGCUGUGUGAAGCCCAAGUACCAGCCCAAGAACAAGCCAUGGCUGCUGUGA